CCAGCAGUAUACUUUCCAGUGAAAAAUGCUAAGAUCAGAAACUCAUGUGAAAGCAUAUGUUGGAAUGUUUUCCUGGCUGCUCAGGCUAUUUCAGAAAGAGAAUGGCGAUGAAGGAGAGACCAGACCAACAGAGAAGGAAGAGGGAAUCCUUUCUCAUGAAAAAGGAAGAAGGAAAUGGUUAUGGAGAAGGCACAGGUCUGCUAGAAAUACUUCAACCCAAAAUUCCAAAAUGACUAAGAAGAGAUCCAAAAGAAAUGAACUAGAAGAACUGAAAUUGGAUAUGAGGAAGAUCAGCAAUGACAUGGAGGAAAUGUGUGGAAUCCUGAACCUUUACAUGUAUGAGGAUUUGAACUACAGGAUGAACACUGAAUUCAACAUCAUUAAAUCACAACAUGAGAAGACAAUGUUGGAUAUGAAUAAAAUGAUCCAGUCCAUAAUUGGUUCCAUGCAGUACUCCAAGGAACUGAUAGAAGAUAACUAUUCCUACAGCAUUAAGGAGGACCACCUCCUCCGUGAGUGCACUCAACUCCACGAAAACGUAAGGAUAUUACUGAAUGAGAACAGAAGGCUGCUGGUGGAGCAGGCUGGCCACAAGUGUCCUGUGGGGAAGAAAAGAGGUUCUCUGAGGAGGCCAGCAAGAACAUCUGUGUCCCAAGUGCCAAGGAACACCAGUCCAGAAGAAAGCAGAACAUGGCACAGACCACGACAUAAUCUCCCUCAAAGAGAAGUGCUGGAGGAAGAGCACUGA